AAGCUGAGACUCAGAACUGUCACUACUCCUCAAGAGGAGGAGGCAUUUAGGGAGGAAUAUCUGAAAAAAAGCGUCUAACAAGUUAGUGAGUACGUUUAAUUCCAUUAUUUCACGAACGUGCAUGGGUGGAUUGUAACCAACUUGAAGACGCUGCGCCCUCUGGACACCCUCUGAACAAUGGAGACAGCUCUAUCAAAAGCUACACAGAAAAGUCACGGAGAUGGCAGGAAAUACCCGGAGCUGGUACUGGACAGAGCCCUGGAUGCGGAGGAGCAGCCUGAGCUCAGCUUAACCCUCACUGCGCUGGAUGGUGGGGCUCCGCCCAGGUCUGGGACCACCACAGUUCGAAUUGAAGUCGUGGACAUCAAUGACAACGCCCCGCAGUUUGUACAGCCUCUCUAUGAGGUGCAGGUUCCUGAGAACAGCCCACUGGAUUCCUUAGUUGUCACUGUCUCUGCCAGAGAUUUAGAUGCUGGGACUCAUGGAAGUGUAGCCUACUCUCUAUUUCAACAUGAUGGAGCUUCUCAACCAUUUGUAAUAGACGAAAUCACGGGAGAAAUUCGUCUGAAACAGGCAUUAGAUUUUGAGGUUACUAGACAUUAUAACAUUGAAAUUGCAGCCACAGAUGGAGGUGGUCUUUCCAGCAAAUGCAAUAUGGCUGUACAGGUGGUGGACGUGAACGACAAUUCCCCAGAACUGACCAUCAGGACACUCACAAGCUCUAUCCCAGAAAAUGCUCUUGAAACUGUAGUUGCUGUUUUCAGUGUUUCUGAUCCAGAUUCCGGGGACAAUGGAAAGAUGGUUUGCUCUAUUCAGAAUGAUCUCCCAUUCCUGUUGAAGCCCACACUGAAGAACUUUUACACCUUAGUGACAGACAGACCACUGGACAGAGAGAGUAGAGCUGAGUACAACAUCACCAUCACAGUCUCUGACCUGGGCACACCCAGGCUGAAAACCCAGCACAACAUAACCUUGCAGGUCUCCGACGUCAACGACAACGCCCCCGCCUUCAGCCAAGCCUCCUACACCAUGUACGUCCCCGAGAACAACAGCCCCGCCCUGCACAUAGGCACAGUCAGAGCCACAGACUCAGACUCAGGCGCCAACGCCCAGCUCACCUACUCGCUGCUGCCGCCCCACGACCCGCACCUGGCCCUCGCCUCGCUGGUGUCCAUCAACGCCGACAACGGGCAGCUGUUCGCCCUCAGGGCGCUGGACUACGAGGCCCUGCAGGCCUUCGAGUUCCGCGUGGGCGCCGCAGACCGAGGCUCGCCCGCGCUCAGCAGCCAGGCGCUGGUGCGCGUGCUGGUGCUGGACGCCAACGACAACGCGCCCUUCGUGCUCUACCCGCUGCAGAACGCCUCUGCGCCCUGCACCGAGCUGCUGCCCAGGGCGGCCGAGCCGGGCUACCUGCUCACCAAGGUGGUGGCGGUCGACCGCGACUCGGGCCAGAACGCCUGGCUGUCGUUCCAGCUGCUCAAGGCCACCGAGCCAGGCCUGUUCGGAGUCUGGCCGCACAAUGGCGAGGUGCGCACCGCCAGGCUGCUGAGCGAGCGCGACGCGCCCAGGCACAGGCUGCUGCUGCUGGUCAAGGACAAUGGCGAGCCGCCGCAGUCGGCCAGCGUCACGCUGCACGUGCUGCUGGUGGAUGGCUUCUCGCAGCCCUACCUGCCGCCGCCCGAAGUGGCGCGCCAGCCCGCGCAGCCCGACGCGCUCACGCUCUACCUGGUCAUCGCCUUGGCCUCGGUGUCUUCGCUCUUCCUCUUCUCGCUGCUGCUCUUCGUGGCCCUCAGGCUGUGCAGGAGGACCAGGCCGGCCUCUCUGCCUGGCGGCUCUGUGCCUGAGGGCCGCUUUCCGGGACAGCUGCUGGACGUCAGCGGAGCGGGGACACUGUCUCAGAAUUAUCAAUAUGAAGUUUAUUUGGCAGGAAGUGCUGAAACUAGUGAGGUAAAGAUUCUUAAUCCUAUACUCCCUAACUUCUUGGAUGAAGGCGCUUAUAGCAACACCGAGGAAAAUACCAACUUUAGGGAUCAUUUUGGCUUUAAUUAGGAAUCUCACUUUGGCCUUAUAUGAUGAGUUGUAGUGUUCAGUGAAGUAUUUGUAAGUUCCCAACCUUUCGUUCACAUAGAGGUUGCAUGUUAGGUUAGUAAUCGUCAUAUUUAUAGCUAUUCCUUACAGUUUGGUUAGCAAACGGUGUUUCAAACUUUCUGAUUAUUAUUAGCAUGAAUGUAAUGCUAUUUUAAAUGAUGGCUUUUAAGUUUUCAAUAAUUUUCAAUUAUGCAAACAUUUUAGCUUAGGAUUUUGUUGACUUGCUUCAAGAGCCCCAUUUCCUUUUUAUCAAAUGAACCAUUGUUUAAUCAGGAUUAUGUUUUAAAAUUGAGUCUUUCAAGUUGAUAAAAUUUAAUUAAAACAUCUAAUAUUCUGAGUCUAUUAUAUCAAAAUUAAUAGAUACACUGACACAUGAUUUAUGCAUAUGCUGUGCGUACAAAGGUUACAAAUCAAUACUUUUCUACCCCCUAGAAAAAUCUGAGUCAGCAUUACUCUAAAGUAUGUUUAGUGGAGCUUUGGGUUUGGCUCAGUGAAAGAACAAGUGCUUAGCCUGAGUGAGGUCCUGGGUUCAGUCCACAGCACAGAAGAAAAAUAGUAUUUAAGAAAAUUAUCAGCUGGGCCUGGUGGCUCAAGCCUUUAAUCCCAGCCCUGGGAGGCAGAGGCAGGUGCAUCUCUGUGAGUUCAAGGCCAGCCUUGUCUACAGAGUAAGAAAAAACUAUCUCUAUGAAUGUAUAUGAGAAUUAAAUUAACAAAUGGACUUUUCUAAAGUAGAUUACAAGAAUUUUAUAGCAUCUAAUUAAAACUAUCAGGGGUUGGAGAGGCAACAUAGUAGUUAAGAGCAUUUGCUGCUCUCUCAGAGGACCAGAAUUUGGUUCCCAGCACCCAUGUGGGUUGGCUUACAACCACCUAUAACUUCAACCCCUUGGGGAUCUGAUCACCACUGCCCCCCCACCAGCCUCCAUGGACACAUGCAUAUACACAUACAUAAAAUUUAAAAUUGAUUUUUAAAGAGAUUGACUUUAUUUUUAAUCACUUUAUUGUAAUGAACUCACAAAUUAAAAUUUAUCGUAUAGCUAGAUUAGGGUAGCUACUCAAACACUUGCCCACUCUGCAUCUCAGUGGACUUCUACACAGUUAGAAGCGCCAUUCAGAACCGCUUAAUACACUUUCACUAUCAAUUACAUUUUUAUGCACUUACCCACCAUACAGAGAAAAGAAAAAACUAUGGGGUGGAGAAAUGUCUCAGUGGUUAUGAGUGCUUACUGCUUCCCCAGAGGAACCAGAUUCCAUUCCCAGCACUCACACAGGGACUGAAAAUAGUGUGUAACUCCACUUCCAAGGGAUGGGAUACCCUAUUCCGGCCUCUGAGGGCACCAGGCACCAGAUACAAACAUGGUGCACAUGCAUACAUGCAGGAAAACACUCAAAUACAUAAAAAUAAAACUUUUAAAACUAUCAGAUUAACUAUAAUAGAGCAGACUUGCAUGAAUUUAGAUAAAUAAUUCCCACAAAUUCUAAAGAAUCAGAUUAGGGUAUUAGCCCAGUUAACUGCCUGUUUAAAAAUUCAACAGAUAGUCUUAUAUACAAUAAUGCAAUACUUUUUAUCAUACAUAUUGUUACCUUUACAAUAUUACAUUUAUGAUAGAUUUUAGAAGAGUUCUGCUUGACAGCUAAACCUUUUUGUGCUUUCACUGAUUUUUCCAUAUUUACUUUUAUAUUUGUAGACAGCAAAAUUAAAAAUGAUUUUUCUUAUAUGUUAGUUUGAAAUGUUACCAAUUUAUUUGUUAAGAGCAUACCCACGAUUGCACGUUUUCUUCCCAUCUAGCAAUAUAAUUCUAUUACAGUGUUUAUGUAAUUAUCACUGCGUAGUGUUUACACUUGAGCCUCAAGAGUAAAAAAAUAAAAGCUUUUCCUUACCUUAAAUUAAAAUUUUUUUCAUCUUAUGUACACUUCUACGUGCAUAUUUAGAAUUUGUCCUCAGCUCCCCAGUGUGUAAAGUUACUACUCACUUUGAUUAAACUCUAAGAAGUCUCUCAGGUCUUGUAUCUUGGAUGUAGAAUACUACAACAAUCAAACUUUUGCUCAAUUAAUCACCAUUUGUACUCUAUACUUACUGCACACCACAAUUUCUUCUUCCCACUAUUGUAGGGAUUUCUUUUAUCUUUCUCUUAUAUUUUAUUUCGAUUUUAUACUUUCAUUGUUUGGUUUAUUUCCUUAUGUACCUAAAAAGUAUUUGAUUUUUUAAUGUUAAUUUUAUGUGUGAGUACCUGCUUGUCUAUAUGUGUACCGCAUGCAUGCAGGUACUUGUGGAGUCCAGAAGAGAGCAUCAGAUCCCUGGAACUGGAGUUCCAGGUGGCUGUGAGCCACAUGAUGUGUAUGGAAGAAACUGAACUUGAAUCCUCUCUAAGUGCAGCAAGUGCUCUUGUAACUGUUGAGCCAUUUCUCCAUCCCCUUGAAAAUAAAUUUACUGAAGGUUUAAAUAUCUGAAAAUUUUCAAAUGUCAAAAACAUCGUGACUGAAGAC